GACGACGCCUGGCGGCGGGGCAUGCCGGGAUUUGUAGUCCCGCCUUCCAUUUUCCAGCACUCCUCAGUUUUUUUUUUGUUGUUUUUAAUUCCAUUUUCCUCCAUUCCCCUUCGGCUCCGCCCUGCCGGCGGAAACUACAGUCGCUAGGCGACUGGCGAUAGGGAGAGGGAGAGGGCGAUCGGAGACAGGCGAUCAAAGCCAUAAUGCCGGCGAGGCGCCCAACGCGACAGGCCGAAGAGAAAAGUGGGAAGAUUUAGCAGCAGGCAAAUGUAAUGAUUUAAAGAUGGACCAAGCCAGCACGGAACAAAUGCUGCAAGACAAAGGUGGAAGAUUGGAAGGAACUUCUAAUGAGGGUGGAAGGAUUGACAUACAAGCAGACCAAUAUGUGCAGCAGAGAAGUAUGAUGAAUACUUCUGAAAAUGAGUCCAAAAACAGUAAAACAACAGGGUACUGUGAGGCUGAAGAGAAAACUAGAAAACAGAAAGUGAAAAAUCCCUUCAGUUCAGAGACUGAGAGAUUUGAAUGGAUCGCCAAAAGCAUAGACAGAUGCACCUCUGAAAGGGAUAGCGAUAACCAAAAAGUACCAAAUGCCAAAGUGGAAAGUUCUGGUUCUGGAGAAAACAGUAAGAGCAUUACCCCACAUAAAAAAAAGUGCAAGACUCUUGAGGAAUGGGUAAUAAAACCUUCUAGUACAAAAGGAGCAAGGAAUAUCACAGCCACUCGAAUUGGUGAGAUAACCCCUCUUAAAGAGGACCAUCACAUCAUUGACCUUGAGGCCACAAAGUCAAUUGAGGAUCCAUUUGAUGAGAUGUACAUUGUCCCAGAGAGUCCACUCUCUGAUUCUAGCUGUGAGCAGUAUUUGCCAGGCCCAAGUGGAACUGAAAACCAAGAUAAUGGAAAGAGAGCCACAGGAGCUUGGCUCGCUGUUAAGAAAGAGACCGAGUCUGUCUUACCUAUGCAAGUAGAUACUUCAGGUAAUAGUUCCUAUGAAUCAGAGACUAAACAUAUUUGUUUAUUAUCCAAAGUUUCAGAAGGUUUGGAUGACACCUCACUUACCCACACUUAUUGUUUUGAUACCUAUUCUGAUCAUAAAAAAGUUGAAGAAACGAUGGAAGUGGAAAAAGGCAUACAUUGCCAAUGUGAGGAUCCAUUCAUAAAAGCACAGCCUAAAGCAUUUUGUGGUUUAAAGGAUGGAACACAUGAAGCACGAAAGCCAGAGCAAAAAAUAAACCCAUCAUCUAGUUAUUCAUCACAGCUGGGGAAUCAGAAGGGACCCCCAAAGGUGUUGAGAAAAAUCACUGAUCAUUUUGAGUACCUGGAAAGGAAGCCACAAAGGAUAAACAGAAGAGGGAAUCCUGACAUGGAAGACAAAAGACCUAACCGAGGAAGAUGCUCUAUGGAAGUCAAAUGGCUUGGAACUCCAAUCACUGAGAUGCAAAGGAUGCCAGAAUGCAGUGAUGUUUUGCCACUUUUAAGAGUAUCUAGCAAUCACUCAGUGACCAUCCGAACAGACUUGUUGAAAAGUGGUGAAGUCCCUCGACCCUAUCCCACAUACUUUAAAGAUGCCUGGGAUGACAAGCACGUGAAAAUGCCCUGCUCUGAGCAAAAUCUUUUUCCUGUUGAAAAUGAGGAUGGAAGCAAGAACGUGAGCAGUCGGUGGGAGUUGAUUCGAACAGCACUGUUAAGAAAAUUUACUAACUCUGAGGAUGUAAAGGAUGCAAUACUGAAGUAUAAUGCAGGAUAUGCCAGGAAAUGGGACUUCACUAUCCUGAAAAACCUUUGUACUGAGGAUUUAAAUGAUGUUGAAACACAGCACCUUCUGCAGUCCCUUUUGCCUGAAAUGGCCGAACUGGCUCUCCAAUUGCCAACUCUUUGUACCCAGCCGAUACCGCUGCUAAAAGUGAAGAUGAAUCACUCCAUCACAAUGUCACAAGAACAAAUAGCAUGCCUUCUGGCCAAUGCCUUCUUUUGCACAUUUCCUCGACGCAAUAACAAAAUAAAACCCGAAUACUCUAACUUUCCGGACAUAAACUUUAAGAAAUUGUUUGAAGGAUCUUCACUCAAGAAAGCUGAAAAACUUAAAACUCUUUUCUGCUAUUUCAGAAAAGUCACAGAAAAAAAACCCACUGGCCUAGUAACAUUUCAGAGACAGUGUCUACACAAGUUUCCUGAAUGGGAAAGGUCCACAAAGAAGCUGACCAGGCUACACAUCACAUGUGAAGGAACAAUUGAAGACAGUGGGCAUGGCAUGCUACAGGUUGACUUUGCAAACAGACAGGUUGGAGGUGGUGUCACACGUGCUGGCCUUGUGCAGGAAGAAAUCCGUUUUUUGAUAAACCCCGAACUCAUUGUUUCACGGCUGUUUACAGAGGCUCUGGACGACAAUGAGUGUCUUAUCAUUACAGGUACUGAGCAAUACAGUGUCUAUGAAGGCUACGCCGAUACCUACAAAUGGGUGAGGAGUUGGAGCGACAAGAUUCCAAGGGAUGCUUGGCAGAGGCGCAACACAGAAAUAGUAGCUAUCGAUGCAUUGCCUUUCAGACGUUACUUAGAACAAUUUUCCCCAUGUAAUUUAAAGCGAGAAAUUAAUAAGGCUUAUUGUGGUUUUGUGCGACCCGGCGUUGAUCCCAGGAAUCUUUCAGCUGUAGCCACAGGGAACUGGGGAUGCGGAGCUUUUCGUGGAGAUGCCAGGUUAAAGUCCUUAUUGCAGAUGAUGGCAGCAGCAGAAGCAGGGCGAGAUGUGGUUUAUUUCACCUUCGGAGACCGAGAAUUAAUGACUGAGAUAUAUGAUAUGCACAAAUUCCUAACUGAAAAAGAGCAGACUGUCGGUCACAUCUACAGGCUUUUGGAGCGAUACUGCAGUGAGGUGUGCCGAUCCUGUUCCCUUCCAAGACCACAAGUUAAACUCUACAACUUCAUUUAUGAUUCUGUAGCCUUAUACACAGAUUCAACGGAUGAGGAUGAUGAAUGACAGCUUUUCAAGCUCCUUAUAAAGACCACCUUUAAACUCAUGAGGCUGAGCUUUAUUGCUGAGCAUCACAAUUAUGCUUGCAAGACAUCCUGAUAUUAUAGCCCCAUUCCUAAUUAAAAUUCAUCUCAAAACCUUGCCCAUUAUUCUGACAAUAUUUUCUGAAAUAUUUUUGGUAGCGAUGUUUAUUAGUGCUAGAAGUCAAGCCUAAAGUGCUUCAAAUUGAAAUUUCAGGUAUCAUAACCAUGUGGAGCUGUUGGCCCCGGGACUAACAGGAGAAAUAUAUAUCUACUCUAUAUAAUACAUAUCCUCUUCAUACUUUAUGCAAUCAUAAUAGAGGAGCAGCUACCAAUAUAAAUCCUGCCAUAUUUAAGAAUAAUUAUUGCAAUUAAUCAGAGGGAUUAAAUUAUUGCAGUUAAUCAGAGGGAUUAAACCAAUGUUAUAUUCUGAUUUUUGAGUAAUCUCUGGUUAAUGGAUUUUAAUCAAAGUUGAAAUCCCAGCAUGCUCUGAGUAUGGUUUUGUUAAUGUGUUGUCAGCAAAAAUUAAAGACAAACUUUUAAUUUAGAACAGCAAGAAAAUGAUCCUCUUUCGUUUAUAUUGGGAGGGGAAGCAAUGAUGUGGUUGGUUUUUAUUUUGGUUUUAAAAUAAUUUAAGGACUUAAGUACCAGUUGUGUAUUCUUUCAGACUAUGGUACUUGAUACCGAAAAUAUUAAGGAGCUGAAGCUGUUGGCUAAGUGGUUCCUAUCAGUAACAUAUCUGGGGGGAAUUCUGUGCCAAUGUGUAAAGAAGUAUUUUUUUUAAUUGUCUAAAUAAAGGUUUGAUGUUGAGUA